CCUUCCUUCAAUCGGCAGGUGCAGAAAAUUCACUCACCCAAAAAUUUCAAAACCAAAAAAGAUUGUCAAUUUUUUUUUCUGCACUUGCUCUUCAAUCCCCACGUCUUCAGUUUUUCUUGAAAUUCCAAAACCCCAAAAUUUACAGAGAUUCAAAGAUCAAAAAAAAAAAUUAGGAACAACCCAGAGUUUCCGCGAUUACGAAUAAUCAGAGAAGAAUGCCGUCUCCGUCGCAAUUGGAAGACGAGCUCUUCCCGUCGACGCCGGGAAAGUUCAAGAUCGAGCGGGCCCACAACAUGAACCGCCAGUUCCACCGCUGCUUCGCCUCCACAAGCACCAUGUUCUUGUGGGCCCUCUUCUUGAUCGCCCUUACGGCGUCGUAUUUGAGUUUCCAGAGCUUCGUCGACUCCGGCAGCCGGUACUUCUCGGCCUCCUGGGGAGGAAUCCAGUGGGAGAAGCAGGUCCGCAACUCCGCGCAGAUCCACCGCUCCGGCGGCAUGUCCGUUCUGGUUACCGGGGCGGCCGGUUUCGUCGGCACCCACGUGUCCAUGGCCCUGAAAAAGCGCGGAGACGGCGUCGUGGGGCUUGACAACUUCAACAGCUACUACGACCCGUCGUUGAAGAAGGCCCGAAGGAACCUCCUCAAAUCCCACGGCAUCUUCAUCGUCGAGGGAGAUAUAAACGACAACAAACUCCUCGACAAGCUCUUCGACACCGUGGCCUUCACCCACGUCAUGCACCUGGCCGCUCAGGCCGGAGUCCGGUACGCCAUGGAGAACCCCGGCUCUUAUGUCCACAGCAACAUCGCCGGCCUCGUCACGCUUCUCGAGGUAUGUAAAUCGGCCAACCCUCAGCCGUCGAUUGUGUGGGCCUCCUCCAGCUCAGUCUACGGCUUAAACGACAAGGUCCCGUUCUCGGAAUCCGACCGGACCGACCAGCCGGCGAGCCUCUACGCCGCGACGAAGAAGGCCGGCGAGGAAAUCACCCACACUUACAACCACAUUUACGGGCUGUCGGUCACCGGGUUGAGAUUCUUCACGGUUUACGGACCCUGGGGCAGACCCGACAUGGCGUAUUUCAGUUUUACCCGCAACAUCCUUCAGGGUAAACCCAUCACGAUUUACCGCGGGAAGAACCACGUGGACUUGGCCAGGGAUUUCACGUACAUUGACGACAUUGUCAAGGGUUGUUUGGGGUCUUUGGAUACCUCCGGGAAGAGUACCGGGUCGGGCGGGAAGAAGCGGGGACCCGCACCGUACCGGAUCUUUAAUUUGGGGAACACGUCACCGGUGACGGUACCCACACUGGUGAACAUCUUGGAGCGGCAUUUGAAGAUGAAGGCGAAGAGGAAUGUAGUGGAGAUGAUCGGAAACGGCGACGUUCCGUUCACGCACGCGAACAUAAGCUUGGCCCGAAGACAAAUCGGGUAUAAGCCGACGACCGAUUUGCAAACCGGAUUGAAGAAGUUUGUUAGAUGGUACCUUUCUUAUUACGGUUACAAUAACGGCAAACCUGUAAACUAGUAUUUCCUUUUCUUCUUCUUUUUUUUUAAUUUUCUUUUCUGGGAUUUUUGUUUCCCAAUUUCAAAUGGAAAACCCUGGGAAAAGAAUCCAGGGCCAACAAAAAGAAGGAAAAAAAAAGAAAAGAUACAUUCUUUACUUGGGGAGCUAAGAACAGGGUUCUCCUUUACUAGAUGCUUUAUUUUCUUCUGUAAAGGAAAAGUUUCAGGUUUAUUCUGGGCCAUCAUUAUAAUUCGAUAUGCCUUGUUUUCAAAAAGGUUAAGAGAGAAAGUUUCCAUUUUC